CAACCGUUGCGAUGGCAUUAACGCCAGUGGAUAGCACGUCCGUUAUUCGGUCUGCUAGUUGCGAUAGCUCUUCGAGUUCGUGCUUGCUAGACGCUAGUAUAGCUUGCACUUGUUGUGGUAAGCGCUGUAGCCAUAAGGAUUUGAGCACCUCUUCUGAUGCGCCAUCUUGCGCGAGAUCUCGCAUCCGACGAAACAAUUGCGACGGGCGGCGAUCACCUAGGUCAAUCUCGUUUAAUAAUCUAUGCAGUUUCUUUUCGGCGCUAUCCGCGAAGCUUCAUACUAUCUUUGAGCGCGACGUACCUAUCCAUCGCGGGCGGAUUGAGUAUGAUAUCGCUAACUUCGGACAAAGAGUCGUCGUCAAGGCAUUGUAUCACAUAAUUAUAUCUUGUGUUGUCUACAGUUAUGCCUGCGGUGAGGAAUUGAGCUUCCAUUUGUACGAACCAGAAGUCUGGCUUCGUUUUCCAAAACGGCAUGGAUCUAAUUCCGACUCGCGAAAGCGCAGCGAUUGGAAUUUGUGUACGUGCGACAUACAGCUUUGCUUAUGUUUUUUGAUUUUAUUAACGAGGUGAUUGUUAAGUUUGUGCUCUGGAAACUUCUAAAAACGCUUGGAAUCCUUCUAGAAGCUUCCAAUCCGCGUGUCGCGGACGUACACCGAACCUGCAAAAACUGUCUGUUUCGACUGUAUCUCGAACAAUUGCCAUUGGUAAAAUACCAUUGAAAGCAUCACUGAAUCGUAUAAAUGAGUAGCUUUUAAUGAGUAGCGAAUGAUAUUCCUAUUGACAAUAAUCCAAUGGCAAAAUAUUAUACCACUGAUCGAAUGAUAUUCCUAUUGAUGUGUAUCCAAUAGUAACUAAUAUACCAUUAGUCGAAUGAUAUUCCCACUACAUCCAAUGAUAAAGUAUUUUACCACUGACCGAAGGAU